CGAUACUUUCUCAGGAGCUUGGCCUACGUGAACCCGAAGACACUGGCGCCAACGUCGGCUAUUAUAUUUACGGGCUUGAUUUCCAUGGCGAUGUCGUUGCUUUUCCGGAUCACAGACAUGAUAAAGCUGACGAACGCGGGUUGCCUUCUUACCUACAUAAUCGUCAGCGGGUCACUGAUCAUCCUUCGAUACGAUCCGCCGCCGUUCUUAACCCGCGCCCGGUUUGCCAUCAACGGAGCCUCGAGCCUUGAUAACAGCAAAGACAGCGAAUGCUUGUGGCAUGACGAGCUGGCGAACCCUCCUGGAGCCUGUGGUCUGUGCCAAGGCUUGCAACUCCUGCUCAGGCCGUUCAAGCGUGGCUCCGUGAUCUUGGCAUGCCUCCUGGUGAUUAUUUUCGCGACGGCGGGGAUCGGAACCGUCGUCAGGCUGCGUUACGACGACCUGGUGGAGCUGCACCAUGGCGUCCUGGCGAUCGUCGUGUGUCUCGGGCUGCUCAUCAUUCUGGGUACUUCCGCUUCCCGGACACUGGUGAUCUGCAGCUACGACCAGCGGCCGCUGCCGUCCAGCUUCCACGUCCCGGGAGUCCCAGUCAUGCCCAUCAUCAGUAUCAUUUGCUACGUGGCGCUGCUAAUGACCCUCGACGCCGUUGCCUGGGCUCUUUUCGGUGUCACGACGUUGAUUGGUAUGCUGAUGUACUUCUGCUACGGGUUGACACACGGAUCCGACGCAGACAUCGGCGAGAGGUUUGAACGGGCCAGUCUAAGAGGCGAAGGGGAAACGCGGUCGAUAUCCUUGUGCUAUGACUGAGGUCGGCUACGAAAUCCCGCUCAAUCGUCAGCAAAAAAAAAAAAAAAGAAAGAAAGAAAAAAAGGCUCUGCUAACGCGGGUGUGGACUGCUGCGGAGAACGCUUGGGGGAGAAUUCGAGGCCUUGGUGAUUGCCUUGUUUUGUGUUCCGGGGGGCUUCUUCCGUUCAUUUUUCAUUGUUUCACCCUUUGUGGUUCUUCCACUUUUUCGCCCUCUCGGGACUGACUUCGAUGUCGAAAACAAGCCGCGAUCGUGAGAUCGCUCGUUAUUACCGUAUUCACUUGUGUACCACACGCACUUUUUCUUACGGAAUUCUGAAUGAAAAUUCCAGAUGCGUGUCGUACACGAGUACAAGAAUGGGUGCGUGUUUUUCCAGAUAUCUGUGACAAAAAUUUGGGUGCGCGUCAGACAAGUGACCCAUCAGGUGGACUCAUGCAAUACUGUACAGGGAAUUUCGAAAUGCCUCUUUAAAAUAUGCUUCAGAUGAGCACUGUUAAGUUGGAAGCUGAAUUAAGAAUAAAACGAUGACGUUUAAAUUUGGGUUUAAAGUUAACCUUUUGGCAUUCAUAAUUAAAUUUAAUUUUGCUGUUGGCGAAAGUAAAAUAAAAUAUACAUGCUGUUGAUGCAUCGAACCUGACACGCACACAUUUUGCGCAUAUACAUUUUGGCAUCAAGAAAAAUGAUGCGCGUCUUUCAUAUCGAUUAUUUCUUCGAUUACUUUUCUUCCCAAAAAGUGGGCAACACGCCGUAUGCAGGAGCAAGUGGUACGGGAGUGAAUUUGGUACUCCAGAAGUUCCUCGUGGAUGCAUAAAUUUUUUUUGGAUUGGAUCACCAUGGGACAUUCUCAAUGCGCAAUUUUGAGCCAUGGUAUACUUUUUUGAGCCAGAGUUGGAACCGAUUUAUUUUGAGUCGCGCUUGACUUGACGCAGGAGCUUGUGAAUGAGACGCCC